CGAAAGCAUUCCAUUCCAUCACCAAAUUCAAAACAUCAAAAUCGCUUGAACGGAACGGAACGGUACUUGCUGCUGCUACUUAAAAUACAGAAGUCACUUCCGGUGAAACUCUCAACGGGUGAGCACGUUGCAUCGUGUUAGUCCGGGGAAAAUUCGAGUAUUUCGCAAGAAAGAAAGGAUUUUCAGCCGUACUUUGACGAUUCGACGCAGCCACACAGCGAGAUUUUCGCUUGUAGUCAAGUGAAAAGAAAGUCCACUGGACUAUAAACGAAAAUUAACUGGCAAUAUAGCCUUAGUUGCUGUGCCAUCAAUUCGGCGUCAUCUCAAGUGAGGUGACGCCAACCAGAAAGGAAGAAGAAGAAGAAGAAAAUACAGAAGCAACAAAAUAAGCAAAAUCCAUAAUUACUUUUCACUCUUAAGAAUUUAGUGCAAAAAUCAGUACGUCAGUAGGACGUUAGUUUUUGACCACUCGAAAAAUCUAUAACUUGUACUCCUGGAACGGAGUGCCUUCGUCUCGCCGCCUAUGUCCAGCUGCCUCCGGUAGAGCACCGUCAGUUAAUCAUCGGCAGCAUGGAGAGCAACGAAACGUUUUCCACGGUCAGCUAUGACGUACCGAGCCGAGAUGAAUGCUUGGUGUUCAACAAAACCAAAAUCAUAAUCACCCUGUACGAGGGUAUACCGGAAACGUUGCUGCUGAACGUGAUUGCCUGGAUUUUCCUGAUUUUGCUGUUCGCUUUGCUUCGGCGACAGGCGUGGGACUACGGUCGGCUAGCACUGGUAAACAGCCAUGGUGAGAAUAAACGGUGGACCCAGCUGUUCUACGCUCACGGUGGUGUUGGCAGUCGGGCUGGAUUGGAGACAACGGAUGCCAGUAUGAACGUCGAUCGAGGAUUCUUUUCGUGGAUAAUGGCGACGUGGAGACUCACCAGAGAGCAGAUUUUAAUGCACAGCGGACCAGACGCAGUGCACUAUCUGUCUUUCCAGAGGCACCUGAUGGUAGUGAUGGGCAUCAUCACUACCAUUUCGAUUGCCAUCAUUUUGCCGAUUAAUUUUUCCGGCACGCUCAGCGGAGAUAGAAAUUCUUUCGGGCAUACCACGAUUUCCAAUCUGGAUCCGAACUCAUCGUGGAUGUGGGUUCACGUGCUGUUUGCCAUUGCGUAUGUGCCGAUGGUGGUGCUGAUAAUGCGGCGUGCUUCGGGCAGAAACGCAUUCAAGACGGCACCGACCAGAACAGUAAUGGCUAAAAAUAUGGCUCAGUCUGAUUGCGACAAAAGAGCCAUCCGAACAUAUCUACAGCAACUGUUCCCAGACGUGGGCAUCGACGAUAUUCAGUUGACCUACAACAUUAGUAGUCUAAUAAAGGCAGCCGAAGAGUACGAGAGGAUUGUUGAUGCGAGAAUUUAUUGCGAAGUGCAUCGAAAUCGCGAUCGGACACCCAUUCAGGCUAAAACGCGCUUCUUCACCUGCGAGAAGGUGGAUGCGCUAGAGUAUUACAAAGAAGAAGAAGCCCGACUAGCAGGUCAAGUAAGUCGAUUACGAGCGUCCGCUCUGAAUGAACCACUUGGAAUAGCGUUUAUCACGCUCAACUCGGCACAGGAGGCUCAAUAUGUGAUAUUACAUUUUAAACCUACCUAUCGAAACUGGGAUAUGACAUUUGCACCGGCACCGUCCGAUAUAUUUUGGGAAAAUUUGAGCAUCGAUACCGCGCAAUGGUACUGCAAAUGGAUCACAGUGAAUUUGAUUUUGUUUUUGUUCCUAUUUUUCCUGACAACUCCGGUGAUUAUCGUCAAUCUGCUAGACACACUGAAACUGACGAAGGAUACGACAUCGCAGAUUAAUAAAUUCAGUCCACUAAUAUCGGAAUUCCUACCCACGUUGCUACUGUGGUCGCUGUCUGCCCUGAUGCCGGUAAUCGUGGCUUACUCGGACACAUGGCUUUCGCACUGGACCAGAUCGCGGCAGAACUAUGUCAUCAUGACCAAGACAUUCGGCUAUUUACUGUUCAUGAUUCUGAUCCUACCAUCGCUCGGGUUGACCAGUGCCGAAACGUUCCUCCAGUGGACCCUUCAUUCGAACGAAACUUACCGCUGGGAGUGCAUAUUCAUACCCGAUAAAGGGGCAUUUUUCGUGAACUAUAUCAUCACAGCAGCGUUCAUCGGUACGGCUCUGGAGUUGAUACGCUUCCCCGAUCUCAUUUGCUACAUUUGGAAGCUGUCCACGGCGAAGUCCCGUGCUGAAACUCCCUACAUACGUAAAACGAUCUUGAUCACGUUUCCAUUCGGAAUCCAUUACGCCUGGAUGGUGAUGGUUUUCACCAUGAGUACGGUCUACAGUCUGGCUUGCCCUCUGAUUAUGCCGUUCGCCAUGGUCUACAUUAUGCUGAAACACUUUGUGGAUAAACACAACCUAUACUUCGCAUUCGCUCCAUCGAACAUGAUCAGUCAAGGCAGUGGUGGCCAAAUACACAGCACCGCCGUUACGAUGACUAAAUUUUCCGUCGUCACAUUGCUGUCGAUCAUGGGUGCCCUCGCUUGGAUCCGUUCCGGAGAACUGGAAUUUCGCGCUAUUGUGCUCAUUCUGGCCCUCUGCCUCACACUGUUUAUGUUUACGUUCAUGUCACCGAUCAAGAAGUGCACCACCAAACCACUUAACAUCGUGGAAACGGAAGGACCAGCUCCUGUCUAUGUGGCCGAUGUACUCAUCAAUCGCCGGAUGGUAUCCGAUAGUCCGUCCCAUCUGAGCUAUGGAUCGGAUACUACUAUGGACAUUGUGAUGAAUGAUGCCAGCCGAAGUGUUACAGUAUAAAGCGGCAUCCAUUUUUCGUGCUGCAGUUUGUUUCAGUUUGCUCAUUCUUUUACUCUCUUCGUUAGUAUGUGGCUUUUGGCCACGAGCAACAGCUAUUAGGUUUGUCGAAAAUGUUGUUUUUUUUGUUUCUUUUGACCUUUUUUUACGUAGACUACUUAGCAACCGCCUUAAAUUAUUUGUACUAUUUUUACGCCUAUGAAAUGUUCAGUGCUUUGAGGAGAAUGUAUUUCGUUUGUCGUCUGAAACGGAUAUUUGUAUUCAAAUAAGAAAUUAACUGUGUUUUAGUGAAGUAUAUUAAUAUGAAAAAACUAACUUGUAAGAAAAUAGAAUGGCUUAUGAUGUAAACAGAAUACGAAGGAUUUUAGAUCCUGAUGUUUGUCCAAAAAAAAAACAGUUAAUUUCAUCGUAAGAAGCUUACCCAAACGAAUUAUUACAACUUUUUUUCCGCUAUAAUUUAUCACAUCAAUUGAUAACUUGUUUAUUAAGAAAAGAUACAUUAAUUCGGAGAAAAUCAGAAAUGGCAUAAUGGUAGAAUGUUAAAAUGUUAAACUCAUUUGAAAAAUACAGCGAAGAUACUUCACACAUUCGAAACACCUUAUUGUAGCUAAAAUGAAACUGUGAGUACUACUAAAGAAUCAUAAUAAUAAGAAAUAUAUUAUAUAUUUUAACUCAUUUAGAAUUAAA